UACAACUGAGCAUGUGUAGGAUAUGCUCUACUCCACAAUUGAACACAGCCACAAAUACUGGUCAAGAUGCUACUAAUCACUCUCCUACUUUUCUUUGAAAUAGUGUUGUGGAUCUUUUACAUCCACCUGAGAGGGCAGAUGGGGCCUUGGUUUAACUUCUCACCUGAAAGAUGGCACCUCCACCAGUAUAACAUUGGAAUGUCAACCUAGGUUGUUGUGCUCAAGCCCUAGAGUGGUACAUGAACCCAACCUUCUGACUGAGAGGCAAGAGUUAUACUAGCCGUGGCUAGCAUUGCAAGCCUGUUUCAGCUAUGGAAGGUACCAUUGGCUAGGCAUGAUCAGUCAUUACAGUGAGAACAGAAUUAACAGGGAGUGUUCUAUCCUCACAAGAAAACAUGCCAUUAGUAAAGAGGAACAUUGAACCCAGGCACCUCUGUCAUGGUGCUUUGCCUGACGGAAUUAGCAAUGAACUGGAGUGUGUCACAAACAAUACGCUAGCGGCCAUCAUUCGUCAGCUCAGCAGUCUUAGCAAACAUGCAGAGGAUAUAUUUGGUGAGCUGUUUAACGAAGCCAACAACUUCCAUAUCCGAGCUAACACUCUCCAAGAUAGAAUUGAUCGUUUGGCUGUCAAAGUUACUCAGCUGGACUCCACAGUGGAGGAAGUUUCUUUACAGGAUAUCAACAUGAGGAAAGCUUUCAAGAGUUCUACAAUACAAGACCAACAGGUCGUUUCAAAGAGUUCAACCCCAAACCCAGUGCUCGAAAUGUAUACCCAGAGCGAUAAACCACCUCCACUGGAUAUUCUUUCAUCAUACAGAGAUGAUAAGAAAGAUGGACUUAAGUUUUACACAGAUCCAUCUUAUUUUUUUGACUUGUGGAAAGAGAAGAUGCUGCAGGAUACUGAGGAUAAGAGGAAAGAGAAAAGAAGACAAAAGAGAGAGAAACAUAAGUUGAAUUCAAACAGAAACCACCAAGUUAAUGUGAGAAAAGUCAGAACAAGAAAAGAAGAAUGGGAGAGAAUGAAAAUGGGCAAAGAGUUCAUGACUGACGCAAAGGAACUGGAGCAGGCGGAGGGCAUGAGAGAGGAGAAAAUGCCUAAAGGAUCUCAUGGAUCAGAUCUUACAGAUUACCCGUACCCUGCUACCCCAAACCAUGUUCAUCAUUCGCUGCAGCAGCAGCAAAUGCCAGCUUCAUACAUGUCUGGUGAUAACCAACAGCAAAUGUUAACUGGAAAUCAUGCCCAGGAACAUGACUACAGAGCCUCUACAACAGCAUUCAGACAUGGUACUCUGAACAGGCCUCAACAACCUCCGCCACCUCCACCACCAACUACUGUAAAUGGUGGUGCUCCACCACCACCACCUCCACCACCACCACCACCACAACAACAACCAGUGGAUUACAGCAUGCCAGCUUCUCAAAUGAUGGAGUACUACGCUUCUGCUGGCCCUCCUCUGCUUCCUCCUGGUCCAGUAAUUCCUUCAGCACAAACUGCUUUUGUCAGUCCUGUCCAAGUGCCUACUCCUCCAGCUUCCCAUCCUGGAUCAAUGGUGGGGGUUGCAUAUUCUUCCCCACCCCCACCUGGAGCAGCUCCACCACCUGGUCCCCCUGGACCGCCUCCUCCUCCUCCACCACCAGCUCCACCAGCGCCACCUUCUUCCCUUGCUUCUUCUCCAAUGCACUGUCAGCUUGUGAUUGAAAACAAACGGUAUGAACCAACAGGCACUCCUCUCAAUGAUGCCAGAAGUGACCUUCUUGCUGCUAUUCGUAUGGGUAUUCAGCUAAAAAAGGUUCAAGAGCAACGUGAGCAAGAAGCUAAACGAGAGCCAGUUGGGAAUGAUGUAGCAACUAUUCUGUCAAGGCGUAUUGCUGUGGAAUAUAGUGAUUCAGAUGAUGAUUCAGAGUUUGAUGAAAAUGACUGGUCAGAUUAACUUCACUUCAGUGAUGCUAAUAAUUUAAUGUGAAGUCACAAAAUAAUGUGAGACAAAUCUGAAACAGUAUAGUUAUAAUGAUUUUAAUGGAUUUUAGGUCAGAAAGCAGAAUUCAAGCUGAGGCUGUUAUGAAUGUUUCAAAAGUUAGUGAUUUAAUUGCAUUGAAUUAUGUAAGUACACCCCCCCAGGAGUAUCGAUGUAUAAUUUAAACAUUGUAGAAAUAUAAACUUUUCAUUUACAAAGAACAUGCUAUGUAAGAACAGAUUAAGUAGCUCAUAUUUAGUGCCAAUUAAUAUGCCAUUUAAUUAUUAGUUUCAGUGUUAUUGAAAAUGCUUCAUUGACCUCUAUUGAGCAACGUUUUUGACUCAGUGGCCAUAGAAAGUGAACCUAUCUUUUUUUGGGACAGCUGGAUGUAUUGGACUGUGUGGAAACUCAACAAUGUGCUUAAGAAUCCUCCAAACUAAACUCUUAAGAAGUGCGCAUAUGUAAAGUUUUCGUUUGCAUGACAUGGAAUGCACAAUCAUUCUCUGUAGGAGUACACCUCACUUAUCUAAACCCAGAGAACUUCAGUAGUCAGUGAGAACAAAAGUUUAUUGAUCCUACUCCACAACCCACCUCCCUAGUCACCCAGUGUAAAUACUUACCAGUAUAAAGAAAGCACUGCUUAGCUUUUGACAGCCUGUCCUGGUGGGACCAUUCUGCUGUAUGAGUGUUGUUUUAUAGGGUUAUUUGGAGCUAAAUGGGAAGAAUCCCAGAUCCCAGUGACAAAUCUACCCAUCAGUCAAAACAAUGAAUUAGCCUUUUAAUUAUCAGCGGUGCCCUGGAAUACUAUGGAUCUGCUGGUUCAGGAACUGGAAUACUGACACUUCUAUGAGGAUUUAAUUCCUAAUCGACGAUGAUAUCACCUUGGAUCCAGAAACCCCACAUAUCUCACUUUGGCCAAGGAGGAUAGUCACUUGCUGAACAUGAAAUAAAGCUCAGUCUUCACUAAACCUCUAUGACCAUCAUCCAUAUAGUAUAAACCUUAAGUAUCAUAAUUGCAAAAUAGCUAGGCAUAAAACUAACCUACAGUUAAGACUUAUCAAUUUUUAGCUCUACCAGCUUUAUUUUGUGAUGAAAAUUAAAGAAUUGCCCAUACAAACUAUUAUAAAUUGGAAAAAAAUAAUGUAAUUGAAUACUACAUAGAAAUGUUAGACUAUUCUGAUAAUAUAUAGUAUUUCUAUGAAGUAGUAAACAGAUAUAUUGCCAAUAGCUCUAAAUUUAUUUUAUUUUCUGUAUGCAUUAUCAUAGAUAUAUUUGUAACUAAUUCAAGUAAAAUGUGUUUAUUUGGUAUUAUUUGUGAGUUUUAACAUUUUUGUAGUAAUACUUAACAACUUUCAAAUAAUGUAACAAAACCCACCUUGUAUAACACUGCUUAUGCUUAAUUUGUUUCAUACUGAAUUUUCCUUUAUAGCAAAUAAUUUUUUUCUACUCUUGUACAUGGAUGUGUAAAAUUAUAAUGCUGGAAAUUAUAAAAGUGAAUUCAAAUAAACUAAACCCCAACACAAAA